ACUUUCACGUCUCUUUAUGUUUCACAACACUUUUGAAACAUUUGAACACAAAAAAACAUUAUAAGAGAGCUUUGCGGUCGCACUGUUUAUCCAGUAAGUUGUAGCGCGUGCAAAGCGCGAGCGAGCAAACUUGCUGGAAUGUUCUGGAAAUACUUCAAUUUACCAAAAUAAAUUCCGAUAUUUGAAUUAUUUAUUUACACGUGCUCACGCCUUGUUUAUGAGAGACAAACUCUUCGAAUCCCUUUUAGAUAUAAAUUAUUUUGUGCUGUUAAUGCCAAAAAAAUAACGGUGUGUUUAUUACAAUAAUGCUGCGUUAUCUCAACGGGACAUUCACAUUAAUGAGAUACAAAGCAAAUAGAAAUGUAUUAAAAUUAUGGUUUAGUCCUUGUGCUUCAAUAGAUUUUUUUAGUACAGAUUUUGUUUAUUCUAUCAUGCCUAGAGUUCAACUAACACAAAAAUGCCAUGGUAAUGCCUGGAGUUUUUUUAUUUUAUUUUAUUGUAUUUAUUUUUUUUUGGAACAUGUACCAUGGAAAUACCUGUUUAUAUGUAUAUAUACAUAUAUGUAUGUAUGUAUGUAUUUUAUGUAUUCUAAUUCUGUGGUAUUAUUUGAAGUACAUGGAUUAUAUUUAAAUACCAUAGUGUAUUCAUAUGGUAGUCAUUUAGUACCAUCUAAUACCAUUUACUGUACCAUGGUAUCAUCCCAGUACUUUUUAUAAUCUGUCUUUCUGUCUGUCUAUCUAUCUAUCUAUCUAUCUAUCUAUCUAUCUGUUUGUCUGACUGUCUGUCUGUCUGUCUGUCUAUCUGUUUGUCUGUACUUCUGUCUAUCUGUCUGUCUGUCUGUCUUUCUGUCUCUGUCUGUCUAUCUAUCUAUCUGUCUCUGUCUAUCUAUUUGUCUAUCUAUCUUUCUUUAACUUGUUUAUCUUAUCUUUGUCAUGGGUGGGUUGUUAAAGCUCAACUCGUGUUGGUUUAUUGUUUACAGAAAUGGCCAUAUUUGGUAAUCUGACCUUUGGUUUUUAGCAAAUAAUGUCUGCUGAUUUUUCUCUCUCUCUAAUUUUCCCUAAUGUUUAAGGUCACAGGUUGUCCUUUUCCCCCGGAGAUUCUUACUUUCACAAAACUCUGGUCUUAUCCUUGGAACUCAGAAAUAACUUGAGUCCAGAUGGCUGACAGUGAGGAUGUGUCUGUGAAUGGCUCUGCUGAUAAUCAGGAGGCAGCACUGUCAGGUAAGAAAUCAGGACGGGCCUCUCUGCUGGACAGUGGAGAAGACUUUGAAAUGCUGGAAGAUGUGGAAGAUGACGUGGAUGAUGACCUCCCACCUUUAGAAGAUGCAGGUGGAGGAAAGAAGAAACAUAGUGCUGCUAAAGAUGCUACAAAAGCAAACACUGUUACGGACCAAACCCCUUCUGCAGAACAAGAAGAGUGGCUGGAUGUUUUAGGAAAUGGACAACUUAGGAAGAAGGUUCUCGAACCCGGAUCCAGUGCAGACAGCAGACCACAGAGAGGCCAGAAUGUCACUAUUCAUCUUAAAACCUCUCUCAGUGAUGAAAUGGUGGUAGAAGAGCAGCCAGACUUAUCUUUUACUCUUGGUGACGGGGAUGUAAUUCAGGCGCUGGAUCUCACUGUGCAACUGAUGGAAACCGGUGAAAAGGCCUUGAUUGAAGCUAGUGCUAAAUACGCAUUUGGUGCUCUUGGAAGCUCUACUCCUGCUGUUCCUCCUAAUGCUGAUCUCACCCUGGAGGUGCAGCUGUUGUCGGUAACUGAUGCCCCUGAGCUGGAGCUUAUGCCCCCUUCUGAGAGAAUCAGUCUGGCCAACAGGAAGAGAGAGCGAGGAAAUGUCCACUAUCAGCGCGGGGACUAUGCCUUUGCUGUCAACUCAUAUGGAAUUGCACUACAGAUAACUGAAGCAAGUUCCAGAGUGGACAUCAGUCAACAAGAAGAGGAAGAACUUUUAGACAUGAAGGUGAAAUGUCUCAACAACAUGGCUGCCGCUCAACUCAAGUUAGACCACUAUGAAGCCGCUCUCCGCUCCUGUGUCUCCGUCCUGGUGCACCAGCCGGACAAUGUCAAAGCCCUGUUCCGCAAAGGCAAGGUACUUGCUCUGCAGGGUGAGUAUGCUGAAGCCAUUAAAACUCUGAAAGAGGCCUUAAAGUUGGAGCCAAGUAAUAAGACCAUCCACGCUGAACUGUCAAAGCUUGUGAAGAAGCACUCUGAGCAGAAAGGUGCCGAGCAGGCCAUGUAUAAAAAGAUGCUGGGCAACCCAUCGAACACGGGUGUGCAAAAACAUCGUGCCAGAUCCUCAUGGAAUCUCAGCUGGAAGUGGCUAUUUGGGGCUACUGCCGUUGCGAUUGGUGGCGUCGCCUUGUCCGUCGUCAUCGCAGCUAGAAAUUAACAGAAGUCACUGUGACAAGAUGGAUCAUGUGGGUGUCGAAAAAGAUCUUGAGCACGCCCUGAGACACCUUACAGACCUUUAAAGUUAAAAAUGAAAUGGUUCCAAGUGCUUUUGCCCUCCGUCGCAUACUAAAGGAUUUAAAUGGUGUUUAUCUUAUUUCUUUCGAUGCAUGAAAGAUCAGCUGGGGAGAGAUAGAUGUGUGAAGUCUUAUAUAAUUCCUAUUUAUGUACAGAGAAGUUCCUAGUAAAUAUUAAGAAAUGUACCUAUGUACAGUAUAAUGUGGUCGCUGGACACAGUUUUGCUGCAAAAUGUCGAGCACAGACCUCGCUAUUUGUCAAGUUCCGUAAUUCUAUUUUGGUAAAAUGAAACUUGUUAGUGAACAGUCAAAAAUAUGAUUGUAUGCUUUUUCUUUUGCAAGGCAUAUUUAUUUUUAUUUUAAGAAACUGAACACUAUAUCAAACUUCCAUACACUGAUUUGGUACGUUGCUGUUUUUUUAUAGUGUCGCCUGGAUUGCCACAAAUGCGUUUAAAAUGUGAAAUCUGCUGCUUUGCCUCUUUAACAUUUGGAGAACUUUCCAUUUUCAUUAAAUGUUCCAAAAAGGCCAUGCUGACUUUUACACUAUAUUUCACUGCUACUACAAAAACAGUGUGCAUUUAUUUGAUUUAUAUUUAUUUAGAAUGAACACGUCUAAGUGAUUCUUUCUGUUGAUCCUUAUGUUAAUUGUCUAAGUUCCCCAUUCCUAUUUUUGGUAGUCUUGAAAACUUCCAACAUUCCCUUUAAAGUUGUUUUUUAUGUCAUAAAAUAAACUUUUGCACUUUCAGUU